GCGCAGAGGGGGCGUGUCCUCGCGAAAGCGGUAGUGGCGCUGCACCGUCGGUGUGUCAGACAGACGCGGCUCCUCCAGAAGUUUUGCGCCUGACCGCGAUCACCUCGCCCGGACUCUCAAAUCUGCGCCAACCCCCCAUCAGUUUACGGUUCUUCUAGGUUAUGGAACUGGAUAAAAUGGACGAAAAUGACUGGAAAUAUCACGGGGAGGGCAACAAGAGCCUGGUCGUGUCUCAUUUGCAGCACUGUCGAGUUCUUCGUCUGCUGAAGUUUCCCUCUGAAGACUCUGCACAUACACGGCAGACCGCAGAACAAGCUUUUCGACACAUCCUCAACAUGGUGGAUUAUAGUAAAUAUGUCAUGAAGCCUUUACUGGGGGAGAAAUACGUUCACAGUGGAGAGGUUGUUAAACUACCGCUGGACUUUGUGAGACAGCUGUCGCUGAAGGUCCAACAGGAACGACCUGAACUGCGCUGUGAUAAGGUCAUGGACACAUUCAGCGGGUGUGGUUUAUGCCUUCCCAACCUGACCCAACUUCCCCUCUACCACCUCAGAGACCACAGACCUCCAAUCUGCGUUGAGAUUAAGCCAAAAUGUGGAUUUCUACCAUUUUCAAGGCACAUAACCAAGGAAUGUAAGCGCAAAGUUUGCAGAUUCUGCAUGCAUCAGCAUUACAAGUUAGCCAAUGGGAAGUGGAAGCGAUUGAGCAGAUAUUGCCCUCUGAAUCUCUUCUCAGGGAGCAAACAGCGAAUGUACGUUGCAUUGAAGAAUCUGUUAGAGGAACCACAAAACAACUUGAAAAUCUUUAAGGGCGGAGAGUUGAUAUUUAGCUGUAAAGACGAUGCCAAGCAGCAACCCGAAUUGAACGAUCUCAUUCAGCACCUUCGGCCUUAUUUCCCUCACAGUAAUGGCAUCUAUAACGGCCAACAGCCAGGCAAAGCCGUCCUGAACGAGUUCAUUCAGGUUAUCUGCUCCGCUCUGCUUAGCGGCGGGGACUCGAAUCGCUCGGGAGAUCCCAGGAAGGUGCACCUGUCCGAGAGCAGGCCGCACUGUGAAGCCAGUCCCUUCCCAAGAGACCUGCUCCGCAACGGUAACCACGGCCUCCCUAUAGACAGUGUCCUUGCAAAAGUCCUCCAAGUUCAGAUGCUGGAUAACCUGGAUAUCGAAGGAAUCUACCCUCUGUACAAACGCGUGGAGCAGUAUCUAGAAGAGUUCCCGAAAGAAAGAAACCGACUGCAGAUAGAUGGGCCUUAUAAUGAGAGUUUCAUGGACACGGUGAAAAACUGUCCUACUGAAGAUGACGGCUCUGUAGAAUAUGCAGUUGGGAAGGUAAGACCGCGAACAUGUGACGCCUGA